AUGACUUUACUCACCAUCUGUUUAAUGGGAGCUCGAUACCUCUUCCUUUUUUCUCUAUUUUUCUGUUUCAGUCUAAUUGUAUAUGUUCUAAAAAUCUUUAUUUAUCGUUACUUUUUCAAUAAAGUCCAUCCCAUCUCCUCAAACGAAACCAAAUCGCAUCGCAAAUCAAAAUGUUGCGAUUGCCGCUUUGGUGGCCAGCGAUAUGGCUCUCGGUGCUCAUUAUAUCCACAUAUACCCAACAAAAUCGAAAACGUCGUCACCGAAGUAAUGGACGACAAGAACCGAAACUGGUGGCAAUCCGAGAAUGGUGUUCAAAACGCAACAAUUCAAUUGGACCUGGAAGCAGAAUUCCAUUUCACUCACUUGAUUAUGACAUUCAAAUCCUUCCGUCCAGCUGCUAUGAUUAUCGAAAAAUCAGCGGAUUUCGGAAAAACGUGGCAAAUCUACAGAUACUUUGCGUACGACUGUGACAGCAGUUUCCCAGGAAUUCCAGAAGGACAUCCGAAGAAACAUACAGAUGUCAUUUGUACGAAUCAGUAUUCUGAUGUUGCCCCAUCGACUGGAGGAGAAUUGGUUUAUAAGGUCAUCUCCCCACAUAUUGUUACCGAGAAUCCAUAUGCUGACGAGAUUUCGACAUUGUUGAAGAUUACCAAUUUGAGAUUCAAUUUCACAAAAUUGCACACUCUUGGAGAUGACUUGUUGGAUUACAGACCAGAAAUCGACGAGAAGUACUACUACGCCAUCUACGAAAUCGUUGUUCGCGGUUCGUGCUCUUGUUACGGUCACGCCUCCAGAUGUAUUCCAAUCGAUCCACACGCCAGUCCAAAUACCGUCAUGGAGCGUCCGGAUAUUGUUCAUGGACGUUGCGAGUGUAUGCACAAUACAGAAGGAUUGAAUUGUGAAAAAUGCAAAGCUUUCUAUAAUGAUUUGCCAUGGAGACCGGCUAUUGGAGAUGAGAAGAACGAGUGUAGACAGUGUAAUUGUAAUCGACAUGCAUUGGGAUGUCACUUCGACAGAGCUGUGUAUGAAGCUAGUGGAUUCGUGUCUGGUGGAGUUUGCGACGACUGUAUGCACAACACCCAAGGAAAGAACUGCGAACAGUGCAAACCAUUCUUCUAUCGUGAUCCAAGACGUACCAUCGACGAUCCACAUGUCUGUUUGCCAUGCGAAUGUGACAAAGCUGGAUCUCAGAAUAAGGGAAUCUGUGAGGGAGAAGAAGACGCCGAGCGUGGUCUUGUCGCUGGAAAAUGCUACUGUAAAACGAAUGUCGAUGGAAACCGAUGUGAUCGAUGCAAGAAUGGAUACUGGAAUCUCACUGAAGCCAACAUCGAUGGAUGCGUUGCUUGUACUUGCAAUCUGUUGGGAACUUAUAACAACGAAGGAUGUGAUAAGUACACUGGGAUGUGCACUUGUAAGAGAUUGGUCACCGGAGAGAACUGCGAUCAAUGUCUCCCAGAACACUACGGGCUCUCGGAGCAUGUCGAUGGAUGCAAGGCUUGUGAUUGUGAUAUUGGAGGUUCUUAUGAUAACUCUUGUGAUGUUUCUACUGGACAGUGCAAGUGUAGAGAAGGAUUCAGUGGAAGAAGAUGCGAAACUGCCGACUCCUCAUUCUACUGUGCUGAUAUCACCCACUAUGUCUACGAAGCGGAGUAUGCUAAUCUGACUCGUGGAGAAGUGAAGACCCGGGAGUGGCCAACCCAGACACACGAACAGACCUGGACUGGAGAAGGAUUCGCUCAAGUCAGCGAAGGAUCCAUUAUCACUGUGAAUCCAAUGGUCGAAGUCUCCCAAAAGUAUAACAUCAUCAUUCGCCACGAUGGAGCACGUGACCCAGUUGGAUGGGAGAACGUUCAAAUCACUGUGGUUCGACCAGAAGCUGAAGGAAGUGGAUUCUGUGCUGAUGCACCACCAUCUGAUGACUUUUUGAUUGCCAGAAUCUACCCUGGAUCCAGAUACAUUGAAGUUCAACCAGCAGUUUGCUUGGAAGCUGGAGUACAGUAUGAAUUGAGAAUUCAGUUCAACGAGAAGAGAACCAACUCUCAUCCACAAGAACGUGCCGCUGCUAACAUUCUCAUUGACUCGAUUCUCUUGGCUCCGCCCACUUCUGAACUUCAUAUCUUCCAAGGAUCCGCUAGAGCUGAGCAACAUCUCACCGAAUACAAUCGCUAUCAAUGUAGACAUCUCGCUUUGUCUCUUUCACUAUUUAAGGAUCAACGGAACGAAGUCUGUGAGAGAUAUGUGUGUCCAGUGGCUGCUGCUCUUCUCAAUAAGACGAGUGAAUGUAAUUGUGAUGCUACUGGAUCCGUCUCUGGAAUCUGUUCCGUUCAUGGAGGACAAUGUGAAUGCAAACCAAAUGUUGUUGGAAGACGUUGUGACCAAUGUGCAAUUGGAACCUACGGAUUCGGACCAACCGGAUGUAAAAAGUGCGAUUGUGACGCUGUUGGAUCCCUCGGAAACGACUGUGACAAACAAUCCGGACAGUGUGUUUGCAGAGAAAAGGGUAUCUAUGGAAGACAGUGUAAUCAGUGCCAGCCUGGCUUCUGGGGAUUCCCAGAGUGCAGAACUUGUCAAUGUAACGAUCACGCCAACAUUUGCGAUCAGUCAACUGGAGCGUGUAUCGAGUGUAGAGACCUUACCACUGGACAUUAUUGUGAUAGAUGUCAAGAUGGAUAUUAUGGAGAUCCAAGAUUGGGAGUUGGUAUUCCAUGUAAACCAUGCCCAUGUCCAGGAGGGCCAACCAGUGGAUAUCAACAUGCUGACACCUGCUAUCUGAGAAAUUCAGGAAACAACACUCAAGAUAUUGUUUGUAAUUGCAAAUCCGGCUACCAAGGAGAACGUUGCGGUGAAUGCGCUCAAAACCAUUGGGGAUCGCCACGCGAGGUCGGUGGAACUUGUGAACGAUGUGAUUGUAAUGGAAACAUUGACAUGUCGAUGGAAGGAAGUUGUGAUGCGGCCACCGGAGAAUGUCUCAAGUGUCUUCAUCAUACCGAAGGAGCUCAGUGUGAGCAUUGUGUUGAUGGAUAUUAUGGAGAUGCAAAGUUGAAGAGUUGUCAGAGAUGCACCCCACACAUGUGCCAUCACAACGGAACUAUCGCUGUUGGAAAGAAGGAAAUCGAGUGUAUCUGUCCACCACCAUGGGACGGAAGAUUCUGUGAACGUUUGGCCUGCUGGCGAAAGACAAUUCCAACUCAACAGCACAGAUACCGUAACAACGGAGAUCACUGCAUCUGUGGUAAUCAUUAUUCUGGAGAGAACUGCGAUGUCGUCAAAUCGUGCUUGAAUGAGGGAAAACUCGAGAAUGGAAAGUGCAAUUGUCGUGAUGGAUGGCACGGAGAGCUAUGUGAUAAGAGAUGUCCAAAGGGACAUCUAGAGUAUGCAUUCUACCGUCACGGUGUACAACGCUUAAUGUCACGCUGCGUACAGCUGUCGUCCUCGCCUUUAUGUAUGCAAUCGGGCGUGCGCUCUCUCUUUGCCCGCGUGGCUCAGUCGGUAGCGGCGCCGCACCCUCAAUCAUCGCCCUCACAAGUUCAACUCCUCGAGGGGCAUCUUUGA